AUGGCUCUGCGCCUCCUCCUGCCACCGCCCCUGGCCGCAACCCUCCUUAUCGCCCAGACUCAAGGCAUUGGCAGCUCGGCCCCGGACUGCUGCCUGAAGAACAGCCGCAAAGCCAUCUCCAGCAGCUUGGUGAAGUCCUACAGCCUCCAGGGACCCGACUCGGGAUGUCUGCUGCGUGCUGUCGUUCUUACCACGAAGGGGAACAAGAAAAUCUGUGCCUCUCCCACUGACCCCGCCAUCCAGAAGGUGAUGCAGGACGUGGACAAUAAAGUCAAGAAUGAUAAGAAGGGCAAGAAGAAGGGACAGUCCUCACGUCCCAGGGGCAGACCCAAGCGGCAGAAGCGGCAGCAGGUCUAA